CUUAUUUUAUAGCAAUGAAAGAUUUCGCUUCAAACGACAAAAUACUUCAGGUACAUUCGGCAUCAUUGUAUAGCGAGGACCACCAUGAAUGGAAGUAAAUCGAGGACUCUACAGGGCGUCUCCUGGUCGGAACCAAAGCACGCGUCACGCAGGAAGCUUACCACCGGACACACGCACGCAUACAGCAUAGGACAACCACUUAUUACUUGUAAUAAGUAUUAUGCUUACGUAAUCAGAUUACAGAUGAAAAAUAAUUGUAAUACAUUUACAUGAUAGAUUCAAAGGAAUUGUGCUCUAUGACAGAAAUGACAGAGUAUGAGAUGGAACCAUCACAGAGAAAUGUUUUCACUGCAUGGCAAUAUCGUCAUCUCUUCACAUUCCAAAAUCUGCGUGGCAAGAAUGUAGUUGUGAUGUGCAAUUUGUGCUUGCCAAAGGUUAAUUUGUUGUCAACAUCCAGAUAUUCGACAUCAAAUUUGAAGAAGCACUUGGAGAGAAGACACACAGGGCUUUUCGAGGUGUUCAAAACAAAAAUACCUCGAGUCAAACAAGACAAAAUCCUGGAACCCGAGCCCAGCACGAGUGACCAACUGAUGUACUGGGAGCCUUCUGUGAAGGAGGUCAAAGUUGAAGCUGCUGGACAAUUUGAACACGAAGUGAUGCAGGACGAAUCACAGGCAGAGGUGGAUUCGCUCAUCUUCAAUUUCAUCAUGGAGGACCUGCAGCCUCUUUCUCUGCUGGAGCAGCCUGCCUUCAGGAAGCUCAUUGAAGGGAUAAGUGGUGGCAUGACAGUCAUGACAAGAGAGACACUGGUGGAGCGGCUUACGAGAGAUCAGACACAAAUGAGAGAGGAGCUGAAAGCGAAGCUGGAUGACGCCCUCUAUGUGUGUACAACCGUAGAUAUCUGGACGGCUCACAAGAAGAGUUACCUCAGCAUGAUGUGCCACUGGGUAGACCCGAAUGACCUGUUGAGGAAGUCGGUUGCUCUCGCCUGCACCAGGAUUCGAGGCAGACUCACGUACGACACAGUCGCUUCAAAGAUUCACGAGGUCCAUGUAGCAUACAGCAUUGAAAAUAAAGUCCAAGCAAUGGUAACCGACAGUGGCAGAUGCCGUGUCCAAGCUUUCCAUGAGUUUCUGUAUGUUGAGGACCAGGAGGAUGAAGGUGAACAGUGGGAAUUUGUAGAUGUAAAUGCCCUCCUUGCUACACCACCACAAGAGGGCGCUGUCAUCUUUUUGCCCCCUCACCAACAAUGUGUUGUGCACUUGCUCAGUUUAGUUGCCACUGAAGACCUCGUGAAAGCGCUAGCACAGCACACAGACAGUGUGUACUCCAGUGCUAUGGCUAAAUGUUCAACUCUGUGGAGUAAAGUCCAUCAGCCUUCAGAGGCUAUAGAGGACAAAAAGAGGGAUUCACGGAUCACUCGCUGGAGCUUUGAGUAUAAGGCUGUGGAUGAUUUGAUGUCUCUCAACUACGUCCAACUCACGGAACUCUGUGACCAAAAUGGUGUGGCUAAGAUGCUUUUGAACGAAGUUUCCUUCUUGAAGGAGUAUGUGGAUGUCUUGAAGCCGUUGGCAAUCUCUCUCAACCUCUUUCAAGGGGAAGAGAGAUGCUUCUUUGGUCUGGCCAUUCCCACAUUGCUCACCCUGAAGCAGAAGCUGAGCGAGAAGAUAAACACAACAAGCUUCUUCUCCUCGAACGUCAUCAACGCUGUCCUCGCAGGGAUAGACAGAAGGUUUGCGCCAAUCUUCUCCAGUCAGACUGCCAAAAUGGCGGCUGCGACUAUGCCGCAGUUUCGCCUGUGGUGGCUGUCCGGAGCUGAAAGAGAAGAGCUACGAACGACCUUGAUGGCGGAAGCAGCUCACCUGGACCUAGACAAUGAAGAGGCAGACAAUGGUGACUACAAGCUGGAGGACGAUUUCUUCAACUUCGGACCUGGAGGCUCAAGCAAUCGACAAGGUUCAAAAGGGGAGGUUUUACGAUACCUCGAUGGGACAACAAAGACGCUGCAUUGCCUCCGAGACUUUCCGAGCAUCAACAAGCUCUUCCUCAAGUUCAACACCGUCCUGACAUCUAGUGCUCCCGUAGAUCGUCUCUUCAGCCAUGGAGGAGGUUUCUGCACUCCCCAGCAGAGCUGUUUAAGCGAUGAACAUCUUGAACAAAUGCUUCUCUUACGCUACAAUGGGUUGCCCAGUUGCCUUUGACUGAUCGGAAAAAACACAACAGUAUGACAGCUGUUUCAGUCCGUCAGUUUGCCUUUUUGAGCUGUACUUUUUGUUUUUGAAAACAAUAUGUUGACAUGUAUAAAAGUUCAUUUGUUGACAUUUCUGUCCUGCAAGUCAUACAUUUUGUGGAACAAUACUUGUUCAGCCUUUUAUCUCCAUGUAACACGUAAAGGUGACUAACCCAAUACACUUUGUCAGCACAUUUCUACUCCCAGUCCUCUGCAUUCUGCGUGUGCUCAGAAACCGUUUGUUGUCCAUACUGUCCUGGCUCUGUAAAUGAGAAACAAACAUAGUAGCUCGAACCGAGCCAUAAACACUUCCAGCCAAUCAACAUGUUGCCUCAGGAGCAUGGAAAGGAGGGGGUGUUAUUUGUGGUUUGUGAUUUGUGAUUUAACCUUUUGCCAGAAUCGCGGACUGGCAUGCAGGAAGUCUAUGUAUACUUACUCAGAUUAGCCUUAUUAUUUUUGGUGCAGAUUAUGUGCAAAGAGUUUGUGGUAACAGGCUAUUUCCAAGUUAUCUUAUCCAGCCCAACUAACAUGUAUACAUUUACAAAUACUAACACAGGCUCACAUUAAAAUACAUUGCCGUUGAUUUGAUAAAACACACUACAAGCACUUGCAGAUUGUUUUAGUACGGUCGCAGGAUUGUACAAACUCGAUGAAAUCCGCAAUGAAAUCCACAAAUGUAGACAAUGGGUGGUACGCAGACGAUCGGUGGUAACGGGAAGUAUUUCUUGAUUCUGAUUGGUUAAGACCUAUCACCUGACCGGAACAGAAAACACGAUACGUUUGAUUGGGUAAUACCAGGACCUUUACUUUUUCGUUGAGUAACGGUGUCGAUUGCCUGAUCUACGAUCUUUUUUUGAAUUUGAGUUAAUCCAUGUCCACCAAAUAUGAAAAUUAUUACUAAUAAAUGUUUUUCAGAGUAAUAAAAAACCUUGGUGAUAGAAAAUAUUAACAAAAGGUUUCAAAAGAAUGUCUUUGAAACAAAUCUAUUUACUUUGAAAUAAUCUUGAAAGUGACACAUAACUGGUUCGAAAUUAAAGUUAUGUACUGACAGCUGAGAACUUACACAUUAUAGCCAUCAGCAAAGCUAUCAAUAAAUACAAUGUAUUUCAGAUUGGUCGGUAUCCUGAAAAUGCCUUCAUUCAUUCAUGUAUUUGUUUGAGAAGGUAUGUGUGUGUGUGUGUGUGUUUAUGUCCAAUAUAUGUCCAUUCUAGUACUGUUCAUAUUAAUACAUUACUUUGCAGAUUAGUUUACUAACUAUUCAAUAUUCCCAUUUUAUAUUUGCUUCUGAGUGCAUUUUAUGUAAUCCAAACAUCUUGCUUGUUCAGUGUUUCACACUUAAUCCUCCUUCCUGGAUAUGUUAUCAGUACCAAUCGAUGCCAUUGAUCAAAUGCCUCCAUCGAUUCUGCCCCUGUGAUUCUGUUUUUAAGCCUUAAUGUCAGACUUAAGCUAUAGGAGGAAAUGUAUGUCAGACUUAAGCUAUAGGAGGAAAAGUAUGUGCUGGAAAUUGUAUUGAUUUGGUUCCUACAUUAAAUGUCACAUGAAUGCAAA